GGAAAAUAUUUUCCUCUCUUCGAUUUUCUGGAAAUCUGUCAGUGAGUUGUCUCCUAGUCUCUCUCUCUCGAUCUGCCUCUAAUUUAAUUCAACUACUUGUUCUCCCUGCACGGGUUUUUUGUUUCUUUUCUCCUGGAAACUUCGAUUGAGAAGAUGCGAGUUUUUGAUACAUCGCUCUAAUCAGAUCCUAAGCGUGCUUCGUUUCUCUUGCAAUUCGAGGCUGUUUCAGCGAUGAUUUUCCUCGUUUGACCCUGGAUCUCGCCUUGAAUCCUUCGUCUUGGGGUUCUUUGAUUUGGGUAAAGAGCUCGAUUUUCGGGCUGGUAGGAGAUGGUGUUCAAAUCUAGAAUAAAAUGGAUUGCGCUCCUUGUGAUGAUACUAUCAGUGGGAUCUCUGCUUGUUCAUCUUUCGAUGACAAAGUCUUCAGGUGUACAGUUGGCUUAUUAUGCAAGAGAUACCCUUUGGCAAGAUUUUGAUUCCUUGUUAGGUGCAAAGGAUUUUAGAAAUAAACACUUAUGGAGGCCUGUCAAAUCGUUGGAGACCUUGCAGCCCUAUGCCAAUCCAAGAAAUAGUUAUCCUGCUCCUACUUCAAAAAACAAUGGCUUCAUUUAUGCAAAGAUAUUUGGUGGAUUUGACAAGAUAAGAUCUUCUAUAUGUGAUCUUGUCACCAUAUCCAGGCUUCUAAAUGCUACUCUUGUCAUUCCAGAGCUUCAAGAAAGUCUCCGCUCAAAAGGCAUUAGCAACAAAUUCAAGAGUUUCUCCUAUCUUUAUGAUGAAGAGCAGUUUAUAUCCUUUCUUAAAAAUGAUGUUAUAAUUGCGAAGGCCCUCCCCGAGAGCUUGAAAGCCGCAAGGAAACGGAAUGAGUUCCCUCUUUUUAAGCCCAAAAACUCUGCAUCACCAAAAUUUUACCUUGAAGAUGUAUUGCCAAAGUUAAAGAAAGCUAAUGUUAUUGGAUUGAUCGUCUCUGAUGGGGGAUGCUUGCAGUCAACUCUGCCAGAUUCAAUGCCUGAACUUCAAAGACUAAGGUGUAGAGUUGCCUUCCAUGCCCUACAGCUUCGUUCAGAAAUCCAGGUUCUGGGCAAGAAGAUGGUUGAGAGGUUACGUAAAUCAGGUCAACCCUUCCUAGCUUAUCAUCCUGGCUUAGUGAGGGACAAAUUGGCAUAUCAUGGUUGUGCUGAGCUUUUCCAGGAUGUUCACAGUGAACUCAUCCAGUAUCGGCGGGCGCAGAUGAUUAAGCAGAGGUUUAUUUCAGAAGAACUUAUUGUAGACUCGCACUUGCGCAGGGACAAUGGCUUAUGUCCUCUCAUGCCAGAAGAGGUUGGAAUUCUUCUAAAAGCAUUGGGUUAUUCUCAAAAAGCGAUUAUAUACUUGGCUGGUUCUGAAAUGUUUGGUGGCCAACGUGUUUUGAUCCCUCUGCGGGCCAUGUUCCCGAAUUUAGUGGAUCGGACUUCUUUAUGCAGCACGGAGGAAUUAUCAGAAUUAGUUGGUCCCGAGACACCUCUUCCAGAAAAUACAUUUGAAAUGCCUCCUCAAAAAAGCGAUAAGCAGCUCAAAGAAGAGUGGAACAAGGCAGGUCCUCGGCCUAGACCUCUCCCUCCUCCUCCAGACAGACCUAUCUACCAGCACGAAAAAGAAGGGUGGUAUGGUUGGCUUACAGUGAAUGAUACAGAACCAAGCCCUUCACCUAUGGAUCUUAGGAAUCAAGCUCACAGGCUACUAUGGGAUGCACUUGAUUUUGUUGUAUCUGUAGAAGCUGACGUGUUUUUCCCUGGUUUCAACAACGAUGGUAGUGGGUUGCCAGAUUUUUCAAGUUUGGUAAUGGGUCAGAGGCUGUAUGAAAGACCCUCGUCACGAACAUAUAGACUGGACAGGAAAGUUAUUCAAGAGCUUUUCAACAUUACCCGUGAGGACAUGUACCAUCCCAACCGUAACUGGACAAUGCUUGUGAGGAAACAUUUUAACUCAAGUUUGGGUGAAAGUGGGCUUAUUAGGCAGUCUAUGCUGUCGAAACCCAGGUUGUUUAUCUCGCAUCCACUUCCUGAAUGCUCAUGCAGAACAUCGGCCCUUGAGGAUUCCAGACAAAUACGAAGUGAUGAUGGCAGAUUUCUCUAUGGAGGUGAGGAUGAAUGCCCUAAAUGGAUAAAAUCAGCUGGGGUGGAAAAGAGUAAAACUGAUGAUGGUGAUCAGCCCGAUUAUGAACAUGACCUUCUCGCUGAACAAUCAGAAACUGAAGAAGAAUUUGCAAAAAGUAAGGUGGCUUCAGCUUUUGAUCAGGAUGAAGAAUGGGAUCCCAAUGACUGACUAGUGUGACAAUGAUGCAAGUUCUGCCGAGAGGUGUCAUUUGAUUUUUUUUUCCAAGAUUCUUUGAGGAAAGGCGAAGAAGCAAACAAACGGAGGUUCUUUUCUUGAUUUCUACAGUUUCCGGCUUUUUUUUCGUUCUCCUUUCUGAGAAUAAGCUUAUAGUGUUAUUCUUUUGUUAGUAGUUCCUUAUAAAUUAGUUGCAUACUCUUUAUACAUCAAAGAUAUUGGUAUUGCCUCCAAGCGCCCUUCUGCAACAAAGGAAACCUGUUAUGCUUCAUCCUUCUCUAAGGUCUUUCCAUGAAGCAAAUGUGAAGCUGGAGAUAUCUUUUGUUCUUUUUCUCAUCAUUGUAAAUCUGAUAAAGGGUGAAAUUCAGAUUCUUUUGUCCCUUUUUCUCCAAUAGUUUUUUUUGGACACUAUACAGAUAUGACAGAUAAACGUAAAUUUUAACAGAGUUUUAAUAUUCA